AACAUAAUAAAAUAAUAAUAAUGAGCUAAGGCAAGCAACAGAGGACGAAUCCCAAAGUCCAGAAACAAACUUAGUCCUCUCCUCAUUCGCUCUUCCCCCCUUCUCAAACCCUAGUGCAACAAUUCUUCUUUUUGUUUUUCUAAUCCACCAUUCAAAUUCAACCACUUCUCCACUCUCCUUCAAUCUCUCACUCUUUACUCUUCUGUCAAUUCCAUCUAUUUUUCACCUCAACAAUCUCACUUCAUGAAUCCAACAUUGUAUCAUUUCAAUUCAUUGCUCGAUUUUUCUGUUUCUCGUCUCCAACUUAGCGAUUCGAAGCUUUUUUCGCUGCUUGAUUGAAUUUGUGGGUUGUGUAGAGUGUAGAGUUGUGGAGAAGAGGAAGAAAGAAAAAAAAAAAAAAGGAGAUUUGGGAUUUAAUUUACCAGUUUGCCCCCUUGAUCUUUCAAGAAGAAGAAUUCUGGUAUCCAUGUCAAAGUUAGUGGUUCACCUUCGCAUGAAACAUUGAUUCAUGGAUCCUGAAACCAAGAAGUUUGAAAGAGGACCAAGAGAGCUGACUGGUGCUGUUGAUCUUAUAAGUCAUUACAAGUUGUUGCCUCACCAUGAUUUCUUCUGCAAGAGAUCGCUUCCUUUGUCAAUUUCUGACACACAUUAUCUUCACAAUGUGGUGGGAGACGCCGAAAUCAGAAAAGGGGAAGGCAUGCAAUUGGAUCAGCUUAUGCAGAAUAAUUCCUAUUCCAGAGAUAGCAAUACACGCAUACAACCAUUUGACCUGGAUGUGCUCAGAGAGGCCUUCCUAUUUAAGGAAACCACUCCUAUAGAAUUGCCUCCUUCAGAGAAGGGGACUCCUACCAUUGCAGCGAAAUCAAAAAGCGAUUCCAAAGACAAGGAGAGGAAGCAUAAAAAGCACAAAGAUAAAGAUAAGGAGAAGGAUAAAGAGCAUAAGAAGCACAAACACCGUCAUAAAGAUAAAGAUCGAAGUAAAGAUAAAGACAAGGAGAAGAAGGAUAGAAGUGGACAUCAUGAUUCCGGUGGUGAUCACUCUAAGAAACACCAUGAAAAGAAAAGAAAGCAUGAUGGAGAUGAAGACAUUAAUGAUGUUCACAAGCACAAAAAAAGUAAGCACAAAAGCUCAAAAAUUGAUGAGAUUGGUGCCAUAAGGGUAGCUGGCUGAAGUAAUUGACAUAAUAGUGUCCAUUUGUUCUUUGAGUGGUUGUAGUUGAGAGUUUGAAAAGGAGUUUCACUUAAAGUAGUCAAAUUGUUUGAGAGUAGGUUCUGAACUGACCCAAAAAUGUGAAGAUGGUGAAUUCACCUGAUACAGGAAAAUUUGGACGGAGGGUAAAAAUCGCUGAAAAUGAACUUUGUAUCAUAACAAUUAUAUAGUUAGGUUGAACUUUAAUGCUUCCAUUUUCUUCUCAGUUUUUAUAAUGUCUUGGAUAUUUUAGUAUAUACACAUUAUUGUAAUCAUUUGUCCUUUUUAGAGUAGUGGUGGUCUCAAAGCCUAGUCCCCAUAAUUAGUUUCAAGUAGAGUCUUCCUAGUCCCACAAUUAGUUUGAAGUAGAAUCUUUAGUAUUGAAUUGUAGGAAGAUCAGGUUUGAGAAAUAGGAUUUUGUAAAUUAAUUCCUUUCUGAACUCAUUCUUGUGCCAAUGACCAGCAUAAAUUAGUCCUAAAAAGGGCCGCAGUUUUUGUUUUCA